AAGCAACAAGAUCACGCAGGUCUAGCUCACACACAGGAGAGCGAAUAUUUAGGAGAAUCGCGAAAGUUCAAAAAAAUAUUUGGCCUUUAAUUGUUUGUGUCAGCCGUGCCCUCGUCUCGCUGCUAGCCAGAAGGUACCCGGGGAAGGUACAUGUGAUAAAGUACUGCAUGUACGUGUAGCAUUGGAUGUCAACUCCGCGCUUCUGCCAUCAAUGCACGUUUCGUGUAUAGCAUGUACUUAGUCAUUGUACCCUUAGGCUGGAUGGUGUAGCAUGUUUUUCACGUCGCUGUGCGAUUCACACGAUUGCACAUAUACAAUCACAUGAUAUUAAACCAAAAGGUCUAUGAACUGACGGCCCAAACUGUGCAUAUAGGGGUGUAAUGAAAGGAAUGACAUGUCAUAUUCUCGAGUUGAAAUGCAGUAGUCGCAGCAGAGAAUUGUGAGUGGAAUGAUGCAACGUUUUAUUGAGAUAAAAUGGACAUUACUAUUACAAUACUAAUAGUAAAUACGCACCGGCUUGUUAUCUACAGGAGCAUACAUGUAACUUGUAAGCUUUAAUUCAUCGUGGAGAAGUUUGUAGCAUCUCUAACAUUGACGUUACUGAUGAAAAAGCAAUGAAGAACAAGUCCGACUCGGUGGAUGGAGGCUGGGCCUGGUGUGUUCUUCUUGCAACUUUCACAAAUCAGCUACUCUAUGCUGGGGCUGUCCCUUUAGUUGGGAUAUACUUGGUUGAAUGGCAGGAAUAUUUUGGAGUUGGAGCAGGGUCUUUAUCUUUCAUUGCCACUGAACUUACCUUGGGUUUACCUGCUAUUGGUUUCCUCGCAGGGGCGUUAUGUCAACGCUUUGGAUGCCGUCUUGUGAUGAUUUUUGGUGGUGUUAUUGGUAUGAUUUCUACUUUCUUUGCUUCAUUCUCAACACAACUCUGGCAUCUCCACAUUUAUAGCACACUCGCAGGUGUGUUUUACGGCGCCGCAUACUUUCCCAGUGCAAUCGUGAUACGUUUUUAUUUCAAGAAACGGCUUGGAUUUGCUAAUGGGAUAACAUAUGCUGGUGUGGGAGCUGGUUUCUUUGUGAUGUCUCCCUUGCUAGAGACACUUUGCUCGGAGUAUGGAUGGAAAGGUGCACUGAUGAUUCAGUCUGCUAUCAAUGCAAAUUUCAUUGCCCUUGGAAUGAUCUUACGACGGACUAACAUGGAACAGACGAUCAUGACUGCAUACAGAUCAAAGCCGUUAACAGCCAGUCAUCAAGUCUCGGAUGCCAAUGACUUGUCAAGGGCCGAGUCAUUGUGCAAAAGGAUCUUACGAAAUAUCGACGAGACCUUUGCCAUCUCUCAUCUGGUCAAGAAUGCAUAUUUCAUUACCUUAUGUCUGGUGUCAAUCCUAUCUUUCGCCAGUCAUAUAUCCGUGCUAAUCUAUACAGCGCCGAAGCUGGUCGGGGACCUUGGUCUCUCAAAGACCACGGCCAGUCUGGUGAUGUCGGUAUACGGGAUCUCCAGUCUUCUUGCGAGAGUUCUCCACGGGUUUCUUCUUGAUUUUAAAUGGAUCAGCACCACCAACCUGUACAUUCUAUCGCUGCUCAUAGCAGGAAUCCAACCAUUGUUCAACCCUCUGGUCACCUCGACUGCGGGACAGUUUGCGUUGAUAGUCGUCUACGGUAUCGGUGCCGGAAUGAUGAUACCCAUGACGAUGCUAGUCUGUAGAAAGUACGUUGCGAUUAACAUUGUUUCCAGUGCCAUUGGACUGCUCAUUACAGUAGGAGGAGUAGGAAAUAUUCUUGGCACACAGUUAAUGGGACAAUUGUCUGAUGCCACGGGUUCUUAUGCAGUUCCGUUUUACGUGUGUGGUUCUUUCUAUUGGUUGUCGGCCAUAGCAAUGGCGUUGAUCACCAAGUGUAAACGAUUCAAAGACGGCAAUCAGCAUGAUAUAGCCGAAGCCAUUCCGGACGUAGCUGCAACACAGACUGACUUUGAUGAUAUCCCUAAAGACACCUCGAAGGCCACGACCGGUACAGGUUAUCAUCAAGUUCCUGGAGAUAUACAGGAAGGAUCGGAUAAUUGGGAAUCCGCAGUGUAGAGCACAUAGUAUCAAAAGGAGCUCUUUUAGUAUGUUGUAGUACAUGUAAAUGCAGUAUACAUGUACUAACACAGGACUACAUGAUUUUGAAAGACUGGCAAAUAUAUUUAUAUAUAUAUAUAUAUAUUCUCUGAAAUAUAUUUUCAUAACUUUUCACUUGGUUAAAGGACCAAUAUUGACAGUAUUAAAUUGAUCAUUGUGCAGUGUUGUAA